CUGUUUAUACCACUUUCCUUGCAUUUCCUUAUCAAUGUCUGCUGAAAAUUUGGCAGCAAAAUGGACACGCAACGCAAGUGUGGUAAAACCCUCCUCGAUUCCGUCACCUGUGUCGUCUUUCUUUUCCUGGACUUUCUUGACGCCGUUCUUUGUCUGGUUUUCAAGUUAGUCGAUGAGUUCUUCGAAGGUGAAGCCCGCAAUCCAUGUUACUGCGGGAACGACGGAGAGAAAACGUUAUCGGAGAGUUUGUAUGGGAGGAGAAAAACGGGGUUUCUUGGUUUUGCAAGGAAAUGGAAAAUAUACGGAAAGAAGAAGGAUGAUGGUAGCAUCAAUGGAAGUUUGGCGGUGAAUCGAUGGUCUGAUUGUGGAUGCAACUCUUGUGUUUCGUGGACAAAGGAAGGCCAUACUCACAAGCUUCACGUUGUUGCCAAACAUUUUCCACAAGGAGAUGAGGCAGCUGAAAGUGUGAUAUUUUUGCACGGGUUCCUUUCAUCUUCUUCAUUUUGGACAGAAACAGUUUUCAGCCACCUAUCUGAAUCGUUAAAGGGUCAUUACAGGCUAUUCGCCGUUGAUCUUCUGGGAUUUGGAAGAAGUCCGAAGCCAAAUGAAUGUAAGUACACGUUGCUUGAUCAUGUUGAAAUGAUUGACAAAUCCGUGAUCUCCCCAUUCCAAUUCAAUUCUUUCCAUUUGGUGGCUCAUUCCAUGGGUUGCAUAGUUGCUUUGACCUUAGCUGCUAAAUACCCCAACUUCGUCAAAUCAGUGACUCUUGUUGCACCUCCAUACUUCCCUUCUGCAGAAGAUGUCACAAGAACUUCACUAAUGGUGCUCAACAAACUUGCUGGAAAGACACUGUGGCCACCGUUAGCAUUCGGCAAAUCCGUUAUGUCGUGGUACGAACAUGUCGGGAGAUGUUUCUGUUUCCUGUUUUGUCGGAAUCAUCGGACAUGGGAGAUGAUUCUCAAGCUAUUCACUCUUCGGAGGGAACUGAAUUUCAUGGAAAUGGACUUGACAAGGCACACACAUCAUUCAGCAUGGCAUAACAUGCAUAAUACGAUAUGCGGGGGAGCAACUUUGACGGAUGAACAUCUGGAAAUUUUGAACAAAUCAAAAUCUGUAAAGGUAUGCAUCAUCCAUGGUGAUGAGGACAUGGAAGUACCUUUGGAGUGCAGCAAGAACAUGAAGAUGAAGUUCCCAGAAUUAGUGGAACUCAAUAUUGUUCAAAAUGCGGAUCAUAAAUCUGUAGUUUUGAAUAGAGCCAAGGAUUUUGCUAAGAGUUUACAACAUAUAUGGGUAUCCUAACACAACUGUAUCAUUUAAAAGUUGUCCCCACUGUUUAAUAAUUGCUAGCCAAAGGCUGUACCAGUACCACAAAUUUUGCUAUCACGUUAUCCGGACUUGAGAAUCA